AUGAGAAGAGAAUCAACACCAGCACGUGGGAGCCCUUCGCUUCCACCGCCGCCACCAACUAAGCUGCAGCCUCCACCACAAACGCUGCACCACCGAGGCAAAAGCCCCUGUAAAGAAACCCCAAUCGGAGCGUCUAAUGAGGAAACCGAAGAGAACUUAAUAAGGAAUCCCAGCUUCGAAUACGGUCCAUACGUGUUCAACACCACCACAGGCGUCCUAAUCCCUCCAAACAUUGAAGACGACCACUCUCCACUCCCUUACUGGAUGGUGGAGUCCCUCAAGGCCGUCAAGUACAUCGACUCGGACCACUUCUCGGUGCCCCAUGGCAAGCGAGCGGUCGAGCUCGUCGCGGGGAAGGAGAGUGCCAUCGCACAGGUGGUCCGGACUAUUGUUGGCAAGACCUACAGGCUCACAUUCUCCGUUGGCGACGCCAGCAACUCCUGCGAAGGGUCCAUGAUCGUGGAGGCAUUCGCGGGGCGCGCCACCGUGAAAGUGCCGUACGAGUCCAAAGGCAAAGGAGGAUUCAAGCGUGGAGUGCUCACUUUCGUCGCCACCGAGACGAGGACGAGGAUCAUGUUCCUUAGCACGUUUUACUCCAUGAGGAGCGAUGAUUUCUCGUCCCUUUGUGGUCCGGUUCUUGACGACAUCAAGUUGUUGAGCGUUCGCAAACCAAAGUGAGAAAAAAGCGCAAAUUAAAAAGAUAAGAGAUGUAUUUUUAUAUGUAUGAUGAUGUGGUGAUCAAUACCUUAAUUUGGUCUCGGAUUAUAUGUUAUAUGAUCACGAGUUGGAAUACUUUUUCUUUGUGUUUCGUAAUAGAAGCCGAGGGAAAAUUUUAAUUAGUGUGUGUUUUUUUUUAGACUAAGAUGGGGAAAUAAGCGUAUUAUAUGUUAUAUGAUGUAUACUGGGUGGGGGAGGAAUGAGGAUAAUGUAUGAUAGUUUUGAUUUUGUUGGAGUGGUCACUUUUGUGUAAUUCCAACGAUUUGAGUUAUGAAGUGGAUGUUAUUAGUGACUUCCACA